CUGGCCUAUCAUUCUUACAGGGCGCCUGCGUGUUGUGAUCUGCAUUGAUAUAUCAUUUUGUCGCAGUCUUACGCUCAAGCCGGGCGACAUGGUGACAUCGCUGCGUCAGAGCACCCUAGCCCAUUGCAUUACCUUCAAUUCUGGAGGACUUCGAGGUACUUUGUCAAUCUGACAGGAAAACCCAUCCACUCUGGGCCUUAUGUGUUAUCUCCAACUUCAUAGCUCUGACGUGUCUGUUCGGUAGUUAGAUCGCGGUAAGCGAGGCGGAUCGACCUGUGUGACACCUGCCUGACAGCAACAUAGAACAUCGGCACUGAUCUUGACGUUAUUUUCUCACUUAUUUCGUCCAAAUCUUUAUCCUGAAUUUCACCUUUAUUUUUAUGCUCAUACUUACAAAGAUAUACCACAGUGUCAUUCAACGAUUAUCAUCAUGUUCCUAGCCAAUAAGUUUUCCAGACAGCCCGCGAAGGCUGAGCAUCGCUACGAUGACCACGAUGACAACGUAGUUUAUCGCAGCCAGCGCGGUACGGUGUCAUUUAAUGCGCAGUCACCACCCAACAGUCAACAUGCUGCCCAGCUGGCACAGCUAGCGAUGGCUGUACAGGAAGACCGGCCUCGCGGUGGUCGGGGACAUCGAUCGCCUGGUUCCAUGAUUGACAGCGGCCCUCCACGUGCUCAAAUUUCGCACACAGGCCAAGCAUCCGCGAGUUACCCACCUGUGACUGGUACCGCUAGAGCAUAUUCCACUAUGACGGGACAUGACGAUGAACCGGCAGGAGAUCCGACCGCAGACUAUCCACAUGCCCAGCACUAUCCUCCUCAGACAGAGGUAUCUCACCGCCGUGUUGGCCAGUAUGCAAGCCAGUAUGACACAGAACCACCACGUGUAUACAAGUAUGCCAGCGCGGAGAAGACAGCAUAUAGCGUGGAAGGCCGCCAUGGAACUAUGUACGUGUCGGCUCCUCGACACGCCAACGAGGCGCAACUGUUCGAUGCGGUGGCUGCGGCCAGAUCUGAGACCUCCAGGCCUACUCGAACAAUUGAGCGAAUGUGAGAGAGGUAUCAAUCAGUGGGAGGAAAAUUCCAGUAUCACGAGUCAUCUCAAAGGACCAUUUAAAUGUAUGGAAGAGUAAAGUAUUUGGGAAUCGAAUUUACGAUUGACCAAGACUUGUACAAAGGCAGAAGCAUGAUUGAGGGGUUUAUGAUAUUGCAAAACUAGCCCAGCAAUCUCAAAAGCUGUCUGACGUCUCCCAUGUCAGUGAGCGUAUCCUUGACUGUGAAAGUGUAGAUAACGAGACUGUAACAUCGCUCGGGAUGCUAGCACUGAUCAUCUCAGUAAGGAGUCCGAGUUUUGACGGCAGACGGUCGCUUGAGGUGUAAGGAACCUAACCUAGUUGGAACGUGC